CUGCAAAGAGACAUGAGUGAAAGUACAUUAAAAGUCUCAUUUCAUAUCGAUCCAUCUGCGCAAAUAGCCACCUGAACAAGCAGAACGAGAUUAUUUAAUGUUAUUUAUUUUCUUAUUUCCCCUGGGUUUCCGGUCACGCAGUGGAGAGGUGAGAAGGAGAACAGACAGCACUUUGUGAGUACAUGGUGUGUGCUGGUGCUUGCUGAGCUCCUGAGCAAAAGAAACAACCGGUGAGGGGACAGUAUCGUUUUUUUUUUCUUUCUUUGUCCUGCAUGAUGAUUGCGGGAACAGGCGCACCGAGUAACACAGCGAGUACAAGCUCAGUGGAGCUAGACACGGAGCAUGCACAGAGGGUCCCUGGGGCAGAACAGGGAGGGGCCCCGGCCCCGCAGGUCAAGCUGAAAGAAAGGCAGAAGUUCUUUGAGGAGGCCUUCCAGCAAGACAUGGAGCAGUACCUGUCCACUGGCUACCUGCAGAUUGCUGAGAGGAGAGAGCCAAUAGGAAGCAUGUCGUCCAUGGAGGUGAACGUUGACAUGCUGGAGCAGAUGGAUCUGAUGGACAUGUCUGACCACGAAGCUCUGGAUGUGUUUCUGCACUCUGGGGGAGAGGACAACAGUGCCGCCUCACCUGUCACAGGUAGGUGCCCCACCAUUCAUUCAUUCAUUCGUCUUCUAACUGCUUCAUCCUCUUGAGGUCUCCAGGUUCCCACCCAGGCCGAGCUACGCCACAAGCUUUCUUCCCUUUCAUCCACCUGCACCGACUCAGCUAGCCAGGACACAGAGGCCGGCGAUGAAGAUGAGGACGAGGAGGAGGAGGAGACUGAGCAAGGAGGAGGCGGUGGAUCAGGGGGAGGGGGAAGGAGGAGAAGGCCCCCCGUGGUGGUGACCCUUGACGAAGAGGAAGUGCACCCCGAUACAGCGUUGGUGGACGGGGUAGACCGAGAGGACCAGACCAGCAAAGACAGUGAGGCGAGCAGGCCGAAGGUUUGAGGACACAUGAACUGGAUUUAAACACAAACACACAGAGCUGCAAAAUCAAACUGCGAUAUAUAUCAAUAUUGGCUUCUUUCUUAAAUUGUCUGGAGAAAACCGUGUGAAAGAAGACACUGAGGUUGCACUAACUGCCACAUGACCUUGCCUUAAAAGACCACUGGUGUGAGUUCUCAAUUCGAAUUGAAUCCUGUAAAGUAAAUUUGAGUUCCCUUUAGCAUUAUAGCAUUAAAUGGCUUAACAAGCACAUGAAUAGUUUGAAAUAAUUCAGAGAAUACUCUAAUAUUAUGUUUCUGUGUGUGUUCAUGUUGAGACCAGGUGAGGCCCGUUACUGAAAAGUGAUGUGGACAAAGAGAAGACUACGUGAAAACCAUCCAUGAGUCCUUUUUGUGGGACACAUAGCAUUACAUUUAAAACUUAACUUGUACAGAAACAGUGUCCUGGUUAUGCUGAAUCAAGACUCAACAAUUGUGAUAGGAACAAUUUCUUUGGUAUCUCAAAUCCUGAAAUAAAUAAAUAAAAAGGGCACACAUAGACCUCCCCUAAGGCCAAAUGCCAUAUUUCGCAAUGUUAAAGGUGCAAUAUACGCGUGAUCAUACUGUUAGCUCUGUCAGCACUGUUGCUGUUGUUGCUACUGUUAGGCUUUUAGCACUGUUAUUCCAUUAGCAUAACACCUUUCCACAGAACGCUCACACUCAGGCUGACCCCGUGAGUGUGAGUUAACCCGUAUUAAUACUGUUAGCACGGCAUUUCCAGCUGCCACCAUUUUGGCAAAAGCCACCUCCAUGUUUGCUUGUGAUAUCUGAAGUGAAAGCCGCGCUCUUUCCUGGCUCAGGCUAGUAGUUUUUCUGCAAUUCUGCUGACAGACCUACACACAAACUAAGCCAAAUGCAUGACUUCCUAGGUGGAGGGAUUAAAGGCUAGCAUGACUAGAUUUUUGUAAUUUGGGCAAACUGAGCCUUUAACAUAGCAAGCAAAUGCUAAAUAAUUAUCAAAGAGCACUUGACAAAUGAUCUGCAAGGGACGCAUGGAUGAUUUUUUUUCAUGACUUUAUAGAUAAGCUGAACCCCAAAGCAUUUCUUUAACCAGAUUCUGCAAUAUUUUAAAUGCAAACUACCGAUUUGUUUGUGCCAUCAGCUCUGAUAAACGUGGCAGGCACUUGGCAGUGAGUUAUAUACCACAUAGUACUGUAUGUUGGACAGACUGGUGUUCAGGUACCUAGAUAUUAAUUAUUUAACACACACACACACACACACCCGCACGCACGCACGCACGCACGCACGCACACGCACGCAGGAGAGUUACCCAUUGCCAUUCCUUUGACCAAUAAUAUUUGGGUAAAUUUCUCCCUUUGAGCGAGGACCAAAUCCCUGUUUGGACUGUGUGCUAUGCACUGGACAACACCCAGAAGGUUGAACUGUAUCCAGACUUUUUUGUACAGAAAUGUUGACAUUUGUGCGAUGUGACAGCAUUACUCCUUCCUUUCUUUUCCCCUGCCUACAAUUUCUGACUUGUUGGUAAUAAAUGUUUCUCCCCCAGCAUUGUUUAAUUUUCAUCGCAGCAUUUCAGGAACGACUUAAAAUAUGAAAUGUGAGCAGGAUUUAGGGUUUGAGCAUGUUAACAGUCCCUGUGCGCUCACUCUUGAUUUACAGACCUGCCUGAGCUCCUUAUAAAUCGAAAGCUGACACAGCGAGG